UGACCCGGCCUAGUUUCUACAGCCUGGACCCAGCGCUCCGGGGAAGCCCCUCCCCGUGCCCGGCGCUCCGCCCCCUGAGCUCGGCUCCUCGCCCUGCGGGACUGGCGCGUGGCACCGCACUCCACGUGUUUCCCUCUGCCCAAUGAGAGCGGGCGCCCGGGCGUGAAGGGGCGGGAGGAAGAAGACGACUCGGUGGCGUCGCGCGGAGGGGGCGGGGCCUGCAACGUCGGCCCGAACGAGGGGACGCAACGGAGGCAGGUCGGAACCGCUGCCGUCGCCAUGACCCGCGGUAAUCAGCGAGAGCUCGCCCGCCAGAAGAACAUGAAGAAGCAGAGCGACUCGGUUAAGGGAAAGCGCCGAGAUGAUGGGCUUUCUGCUGCCGCCCGCAAGCAGAGUGCCCCAUCAUCUCUACCCCCAGGGACUCGGAGAUCAUGCAGCAGAAGCAGAAAAAGGCAAACGAGAAGAAGGAGGAACCCAAGUAGCUUUGUGGCUUCGUGUCCAACCCUCUUGCCCUACGCCUGUGUGCCUGGAGCCAGUCCCACCAUGCUCGAGUUUCUUCCUGUAGUGCUCACAGGUCCCAGCACCGAUGGCAUUCCCUUUGCCCUGAGUCUGCAGCGGGUUCCUUUUGUGCUUCCUCCCCUCAGGUAGCCACUCUCCCUCUGGGCUGCUCCUGGGGGUGAGGGGGUUACCCCUUCCCAGUGUUUUUUAUUCCUGUGGGGCACACCCCAAAGUAUUAAAAGUAGCUUUGUAAUUCCUUGA